AUGGGCAGCAGAUUGAUGUGGCUGUCCCUCGCGCUGUCAGUGGCGUACACAGCCGGUCAGGUCACGGGGACCGGGGCCACACAGGAGGACAUCCCGGAGGGCGCUUCUACCCUGGCAUUCGUCUUUGAUGUAACCGGCUCCAUGUACGACGACCUCGUGCAGGUCAUCGAGGGCGCGUCCAAGAUUCUGGAAACAUCCUUGAACAGACCGAAGAAAAAUUUGUAUAACUUUGCUCUGGUCCCCUUCCAUGACCCAGAGAUUGGGCCGAUAACAAUCACAACAGACCCCAAGAAGUUCCAGUAUGAGCUGAGAGAGCUCUAUGUUCAGGGAGGUGGGGACUGUCCAGAGAUGAGCAUUGGUGCCAUUAAGAUUGCCUUGGAGAUUUCCCUGCCGGGUUCCUUUAUAUAUGUCUUCACAGACGCCCGAUCCAAAGAUUACAAGCUGACCAAUGAAGUCCUGCAGCUCAUUCAGCAGAAGCAGUCACAGGUGGUGUUUGUGCUGACUGGGGACUGUGAUGACCGGACUCAUAUUGGCUACAAGGUUUAUGAGGAGAUCGCUUCUACCAGCUCUGGGCAGGUCUUCCAUCUAGACAAGAAACAGGUCAACGAGGUCCUGAAAUGGGUGGAGGAGGCGGUGCAAUCGUCCAAGGUCCACCUGCUGUCCACGGAUCACUUCGCUGGGGUCAGCAACACCUGGCAGAUGCCCUUUGACCCCAGCCUGAAAGAAGUCACCGUGGCGCUCAGUGGCCUGGCGCCUAACAUCGAGAUAAAAAACCCCCAGGGGAAAGUGGUGGGGAAGAGUGAUGGCCUGACUGAGCUCCUACACAUUCCCAACUCUGCCAAGGUUGUCAACAUCAAGGAUCCACAGCCUGGGAUGUGGUCUAUCAAGACCUCUAGUGAAGGAAGACACUCAGUUCGUAUCUCAGGCCUCAGCACCAUUGACUUCCGAGCCGGGUUUUCCAGAAAACCCACUCUGGACUUCAAAAAGACCUCCAGCCGACCAGUUCAAGGCAUUCCCACCCACAUUCUGCUGAACACCACUGGGCUUAAACCUCCUGCUCGAGCUGACAGGCUAGACCUCAUGUCAAUCACAGGUGAAGUGAUAAAAACUUUGCCAAUUCGCUACUACCCUGAUCGACAGCCUUACGGCCUCUGGAACAUCACAGAGUUCAUCCCACCCAAUGAGGCCUUCUUCCUGAGGGUGACAGGAUACGACCUGGAUGGUUUCAUGUUCCAGAGAGUCUCCAGUGUCUCCUUCUCCAGCAUUAAACCUGAUGCCCCUAAGGUGCAGAUGCCAGCCACAACUCAUGGAUACUACCUCCAAAGAGGGGCUGUCAUUUGCCAGAUAGAGAGCCUGAUCCCUUUUACGUUGCGCUUCAGCAGGGAUGGGGGGAGGCUUGGGGUGGACCAACUCUUCAGUGAGUCUGACUAUGCCACAUGGGAAAUACCCCAGGUUACUCUUAAGGAUGAGGGCUACUACGAGUGUAUUGCUAUCAGCAGUGCUGGGACAGGAAGGACUCGCACCUUCCUGGAUGUAUCAGAGCCACCUCCAGCCAUCACAGUGGAGGGGAAUGUAACUGCGUCUCCAGGCUCCCGUGCCGUCCUCACCUGCCGCGUAGUCAGCACCGUCAGCUUUAACCUCACCUGGCUGAGAGGAGGUCACGAUGCCCGUCUGGAUCCACGGGUGAACGUGUUGACGAACCUCUCCCUUCAAGUGUCCUCGGUGAGCCCAGAUCACGCGGGUUGGUACGAGUGCAUCGCUAUAAACGAAGGAGGGGUGAUGGCAGAGCGGAUCUACCUGACAGUGCAAGAGGUGCCCAAGGUUUCAGUAGAGUCACGAAACCAAACCUUUACAACAGGAGAUGAAGUGAGGAUCAGAUGCUCGGCCAGUGGCUAUCCUCCACCACGUCUGGUUUGGACUCACAAUGACAUCUUCAUCAUGGCAUCCAAAAGACACAGAAUGACUCCUGAUGGUACACUGGUUAUAAGAAACAUGGAGAAAAAGGAUGGAGGAGUGUAUGGCUGUAUUGCCAGUAACCAGGCUGGGACAGACACCAUGACUUCAAUCCUCAGUUACACUGAAUCCCCUGUGGUGACAGUUGCUUUGAGCGAUAUUCUCAUUAGUGUUGGUGAAACCACAGUGAUGGCCUGUUCUGCGUCUGGAAUCCCACAACCGGAGAUCUGGUGGUACAAAGGGGGCGUUCGACUGCAUUCAUCAUCCCUCUUGGAUGUUGAUAUGUUAGGAGGUACACUGAUAAUCAAGGAGACUCAGGAUGCUGACGCUGGAGAUUACACCUGUGUAGCUGUCAAUGCUGCUGGCACCUCGUCAGGAAAGAUCGCUUUGGCUGUAGGAGCACCACCCACGUUCAUCCGAGAGCCAUCAGAUGUGGCCCUGGACAUUGGCUCCAAUGUGACUCUUCCCUGCUCCACUGAGGGUCACCCAGAACCACAGGUCAGCUGGAGGAGAGAGGAUGGAAUUCCCAUUUUCAGCACGCCACGCAUGCGUGGCACAGUCACACAGAACAGCAGAGGUCUACAUAUCACCAACCUGUGGGUUGAUGAUGAGGCGGUGUACGUCUGUGAGGCUCACAACCAAUUAGGCAGGAUCCAGGCCAGGGCCAGAAUCACAGUGACUGGACUGGUCUCGCCUGUCAUUGCCAUGAGUCCGGCUGUGCUCAGUGUGAUCGAGGACCAGCAGAUGACUUUGCCUUGUGUGCUAUUGGCUGGGAAUCCGCUACCUGAGAGGCAAUGGCUGCACAACUAUGGCUUGGUGACCUCGGACCAAUAUGUGACAGUGAGGAGGGAUGGCAGUCUGCAUGUUGAGAGAGUCCGGCUAGAAGACGCAGGGGAUUACACCUGUUUGGCUGAAAGCGUUGUUGGGGCAACCAACCAUACCACUACUGUCAACGUAUAUGUGAUUCCUACCAUUCAGCAUGGUCCUCAGGUGUUCAGCACGAUCGAGGGUACACCGAUCACUCUGCCGUGCCGUGCCAGUGGAGUACCCGCCCCUGAAAUCACCUGGGCCAAGGGAGGAGAACUUCUGUACUUGGGUGGUCCAUCUUUCUCCCUGGAUUCUGAUGGCAGCCUCUUCAUCGCCUCCCCCUCUGGAAAUGAGACUGGAGAGUUCAUCUGCACAGCUACCAAUGCUGCCGGCUACGCCUCCAAGAAGGUCCAAGUCACUGUCUAUGUCCGACCCAGGUCAAAUGCUGUCGACGUUGGAGGCUCAGCUGACCCGAUGAAAAUGUCAGUGAUUGAGGGUGAGGACGCCAUCUUGCCCUGUGAGGUCAGCAGUGUCCCACCUCCCACUAUCAGCUGGGCCAAGGAGAGGCAGCUCAUCUCCCCUUUCUCUCCCAGGCACACUCAGCUUCCCUCGGGCUCCAUGAAGAUCUCAGAGACCAGAGUGUCAGACGGUGGACUUUAUGUGUGUGUUGCCUCCAAUAUUGCUGGAAAUCUAACACAAUACGUUGAGCUGAGUGUGUUGGUGCCCCCCAGUAUCCAGGCUGGCCCAAGAGUAAUGAAGAUACAAGUGGGUCACCCUGUGGAGCUGCCCUGUGUGGUGAAAGGGGUCCCAGAGCCUACACUCACCUGGACCAAGGAUGGCAAGACGUACCCAGUUUCCCCUGACGGUAGUCUGGCAUUGAAGAACGUGGGCUUAGUGGACGAAGGAACUUACACCUGCACAGCCACUAACAUUGCAGGCAGAGACGAGGCUCGAGUUCGGGUUCUAGUGCAAGUGCCCCCUGUGGUGGAGGUAUUGGAACCCCCCUUCAAUAGGCCCCUGCAGGAGAGAGUUGCAAACCAGCGUAUUGCAUUCCCCUGCCCUGCCAAAGGUCUUCCUAAGCCAGUGAUUCGGUGGAUGCGUAAUGGCCAGGAGUUGACGGGUAAUGAGCCUGGUGUGUCCAUCCUUGAGGAUGGCACGCUGUUGAUUCUUGCCUCUCUGUCUCCGCUGGACAAUGGUGAAUAUGUGUGUGCUGCUGCCAAUGAUGCUGGAUCCACUGAGAGGAAGUACCAGCUCAAAGUCAAUGUGCCCCCAAAUUUCCGUGAAAGCGAAACGCCAGGAAAUGUGUCGUUGGUCCUAAGCCAUUCCACCAGCUUGGUGUGUGAUGUCACAGGAAGUCCAACCCCUGUAAUCACCUGGUACAAAGAUGGAACACCUGUGGUUGCUAGUAACAACAUCCAGAUUCUCGAAAUGGGAAAAACCCUGAAACUGUUAAAGGCUGCCAUGACGGACGCAGGCAGCUACAGCUGUAAAGCCAUCAACAUCGCUGGCAGCACAGAAAAAGACUUCUUAGUGGAUGUUCUGGUUCCACCAAUCAUUGAAGGGUCAAGCUCUUCUCAAGAUAUUUCCGCCAUCGUCAAACAGGAGAUCAGUCUGGAGUGCAAGGUGCACGGAGUUCCCUUUCCUACGAUCCAGUGGUACAAAGACAGAAAGCUGGUGUUUCUUGGUGAUCCCAACCUAGAGGUCACAAACAGGGGGCAGGUUUUGAGGAUAAAAAGUGCACGUCUUGGAGACAAAGCCCGCUACCAGUGCAGUGUUAUGAACACAGCCGGCAAACAGACCAAGGACUUCAACCUCAGUGUCUACGUGCCCCCCUCCAUCAAAGGUGGUAACAUAACGUCAGAUGUCACCGCCCUGCUGGAUAAUGUAGUUUCACUGGAGUGUGAGGCUCGUGGAGUGCCAAGUCCCAGCAUCACCUGGUACCGAAAUGGUGAGGCCAUCCUGUCCAACCGGCAGGCUCAGUACGUCGAGAGGGGUCGCUACCUGAAGAUCCCACGGGUGCAGGCGUCUGAUGCCGGCCUGUUCACCUGCAAGGUGAUGAGUGUGGCCGGCAGAGCUGAGAAGAGCUUUGAACUGGAUGUCUACUUGCCACCCACCAUUGCAGGGGGGGAUGACGGGCUGACAGAGAGGAAAGUAGUCCUCAGUAAGUCUCUGAUCCUGGAGUGUGACGCAGGCGGGCACCCUCCCCCCUCCCUCACCUGGCUGAAGGAUGGAGUUCCUGUGCGUCAUGGUGAAAGUGUCCGUGUUCUCGAACAGGGGAGUAAAAUAGAAAUCAUGUCAGCCACGGUGUCUGACUCAGGACGGUACAUCUGUGUGGCAACGAGCAUCGCUGGAGAGAAGGAGGUCAAAUACGACGUCAGAGUUUUAGUUCCUCCUUUCAUUGAUGGAUCUGAUGACGUGACAGACAGCACAGUGAUAAUCAACAGCCCUUUGGAGCUGGAGUGUCACGCCACUGGAACACCUGCACCGGCCAUCACGUGGUAUAAAGAUGGAAAACUGGUCAGACAGGGUGAGGGGCUGCGGGUGGGAGCAAGCGGUCGACGGCUGAUCGUUUCCCGGGCUCAGGUCUCUGACACGGCUCGGUUUCAGUGUGUUGCCACUAAUGAAGCCGGCGACCAUGAGAGGGACUUCAACGUGGUCGUCCAUGUGCCUCCAUCCAUUCGUACCGCCGGGCCUGCUGAGCGUUCAGUGGUUCUAAACAAGCAAAUCAGUCUGGAGUGCAUCUCCAGUGGCAUUCCUCCUCCCAGUAUUACAUGGCUUAAAGAUGGUCGACCCGUGGACACAACACAGGGGCACGUUAAGCUUGAGUCAGCAGGCAGAAUGCUAAAGGUCAAAGAGGCAAGACUUGAGGAUUCUGGGAAAUACACCUGUUUGGCCACAAAUGCAGCCGGGGAAACUGAGCAGCACAUACGGCUCAGUGUCCAUGAGCCUCCCAGUAUCCCUAACUCUGGAGUGAUCAUCAACCAGACCAUCCUGUCAGGCUUCCCCACUGAGCUGGAGUGCAAGGCCACAGGCAGCCCAUUACCUGCUAUCACUUGGUACAAAGAUGGCCGACCUCUCACAAGUGCAGCUGGAGUGACGAUGCUGAAGCGUGGCCAGGUGCUGGAGAUUGAACGGGCUCAGCUGUCUGAUGCUGGCACAUACAGAUGUGUUGCAGUCAACCUGGCUGGAGUUGCUGAGAUAUCCCACAACCUGCAGGUGUACGUGCCUCCUGUGAUCUCCAGCCGUGGUGGUACGGUAACAGUUGUGGUGAAUGAAGCCGCCAAGCUGGAGUGUGAGGCGACUGGUGUUCCUCUGCCCAGCCUCACAUGGCUGAAAGAUGGCAGCCCUGUUACAAGUUUAUCACAUGGCAUUCAGGUGUUGUCUGGUGGCAGAGUGCUGUCUCUGAAUAGUGCACUAGUUAGCGAUACAGGCAGGUACACGUGUGUGGCUGUCAACGCCGGGGGAGAACAACAGAGAGAGUACGACCUGAAAGUUUAUGUACCGCCCAACAUCAAGGGUGAGGAGGUGAACGCCACGGUGAUGCUUGGUCUUCCAGUGGAGCUGCUCUGCCAGAGCGAUGCAAUCCCUCCACCUACUCUGUCCUGGCGCAAAGAUGGCCGACCCCUCUUCAGGAAACCUGGCCUGACUGUCGCAGCUGAUGGGAGUGUGCUCAAGGUGGAGAGUGCCCAGGUGCAGGAUUCAGGCAGGUAUUCCUGUCAAGCCACAAAUGUUGCCGGCAAAACAGAGAAGAACUAUAACCUCAAUGUCUGGGUUUCUCCCAGUAUCCGCGGCUCAGAGGAAGUGUCUCCUCUGACUGUGAUUGAAGGAAGUUUAAUCACUCUGGUGUGUGAGUCCAGUGGCAUACCGCCCCCCAGCCUGACCUGGAGAAAGGAUGGUUCUGAGCUCAGGUCAGAUCAGCGGGUCAGGGUUUUAUCAGGAGGUCGCCAGCUGCAGAUCUCCAGUGCUGAGAGGAUAGAUACAGGCUCCUACACAUGCACAGCCUCCAGCACAGCUGGCACUACUUCCAAGGAGUACAACUUACAGGUUUAUGUCCGCCCUUCCAUCAGAAACAGCGAGGGCAACUCAGAUGACAUUGCUGUGACAAAAGGAGGUGACGUGACCUUACAGUGUGCUGCGGAGGGAGUGCCUCGACCAGCGAUCACAUGGCUGAAAGAUGGCCGACCUAUCACAGGGCCGCAUGGUGCCAAGGUCCUCAAUGAGGGGAGGCUGCUGCAGCUUAAAGACGCUAAAGUGUCUGACACGGGACGCUACACAUGUAUCGCUGUUAAUGUUGCCGGACAGGCUGACAGCAAGCACGACAUCAGUGUACAUGUUCCACCAAGUAUAAUUGGUCAGGUAAACUUCCCAGAAAAUGUGAGCGUUGUGGUAAAGAACCCCGUUGCUUUGAGCUGCGAGGCCUCAGGUAUUCCUCUUCCUGCCAUUGCCUGGCUGAAGGAUGGUCGGCCAAUCAAAGCAUCCAGCUCAGUGCGAGUGCUCUCAGGGGGCCGGAGUCUGCGACUAAUGCAUGCUGCAGUAGAGGAUGCUGGGAGGUACACCUGUAUUGUGUCUAACAUUGCUGGAGAGGAAAGGAAGAACUUUGACCUCGACAUUCUUGUUCCAGCAAGGAUUGUUGAUGAGGGAACAGUGUUGGAUACCAAAGUUAAGGAGAAACACAACAUAACCCUCACCUGUGAGGCAUCAGGUAACCCUGUGCCAGAGAUAAAAUGGCUAAAGGAUGGACAGCUGUUGGUUCCUGACAAACGCCACCAACUUUUGUCUCAUGGCCGUUUCCUCCAAAUCUACGGGGCCCAAGUGGCAGACACUGGCAGGUACAGCUGCCUGGCAUCUAACAGUGCAGGGGAUCGCAGCCGACACUUCAACCUCAAUGUCCUGGUUUCUCCAACCAUUGCUGGGUCUGGUCCUGACGACUCAUCAGACGAGGUGACGGUCACUCUAAGCAGCCCCACGUCUUUAGUGUGUGAAGUUCAAUCCUACCCUCCUGCUCUCAUCAUCUGGCUCAAGGACGGCACUCCGUUUGAGUCCAGUCGCAACAUCCGUGUCCUCCCAGGUGGAAGAACCCUGCAGAUUCUCAAUGCUAAAGAAGAGGAUGCUGGGAGGUAUACAUGUGUGGCCACUAAUGAGGCUGGAGAGACACUGAAGCACUAUGAGGUCAAGGUUUAUGUUCCCCCUCAGAUCAAUAAGAAUGAUAUCCCUGGGGAAGGACUGGCACCUAAAGAGGUCAAGAUCAAAGUCAACAGCACACUAACCCUCGAGUGUGCAGCUCAGGCCUUUCCAACACCUGCACUGCAGUGGUACAAGGAUGGACAGAUCCUGCGAGCAGAUGACCACGUGUCCAUAACAGCCAACGGCCGUAUCAUUCAAAUAAAGAGUGCUCAGGUGUCAGACACUGGUCGCUACACCUGCAUAGCCACUAAUAUAGCUGGAGAAGAUGAGAAGGACUUUGAUGUAAAUAUACAAGUGCCUCCUAAUUUCAACAGGCCUGGUGGGGAUGGCGAUACUUGGUCUUCCCCAGGCUUUGGAGUGGAUGUUCGAGAUGUGAUCCUCAACAAUCCCAUCUCUCUGUACUGUGAGACCAACGCUGUCCCCCCUCCUACACUUACCUGGUAUAAGGAUGGACAGCUGCUGAGCUCCAAUGACAAAGUUCUGAUCUUGCCAGGUGGGCGAGUGUUGCAAAUACCUAGAUCCCAGGCUGACGACUCGGGCAGGUACACGUGUGUGGCUGUCAAUGAAGCAGGAGAAGACUCCAUUCAGUAUGAUGUUAGAGUUUUAUUGCCCCCUGUCAUACGGGGAACAGAUAGUGAUUUUCCUGUUGAGAUCACAGUCCUGGUCAACAAAACUACCCAACUUGAGUGUAUCGUGGAUGGUAACCCCACCCCCAAGAUCACCUGGUUUAAGGACAGCCAGCCAGUCAGCUCUGAUGGACCACACAGGAUCCUGUCCAAUGGACGAACACUUAAGGUGCUGACAGCUCAGGUGUCGGACACGGGGCGCUAUGUGUGUGUGGCUGACAACGUGGCUGGAAAUGCAGAAAAAUCCUUCAACCUCAAUGUUCAUGUGCCUCCAACCAUUAUUGGCGUGAAUCCUGACACUGUGACUGUGGUGGUGAACAACUUUGUGUCUCUGUCCUGUGAGGCGACUGGUUUUCCUCCUCCUACUCUGAGCUGGCUAAAUGAAAGAGGAUCCAUUCAGCCCAACAGCAAUGCACUCAUCAUGCCAGGUGGUCGUACGCUGCAGAUUCUGAAAGCAAAAGUAUCUGAUGGAGGAAAGUACAGCUGUGUGGCCAUGAACGCAGCAGGAGAUGCUUACAAACACAUCCACCUUACUAUAUUUGUUCCCCCAAGUAUCCGCGACAGUAGUGGGGACUCUCCUGUGGUGGUGAAUGUGCUUGUUGGGAAAUCAGUAACUCUGGCGUGUGAGUCCAACGCUGUGCCUCCUCCCACCAUCACCUGGUAUAAGAACGGCAGGGUGGUGACAGAAUCAGCCAACCUGCGUAUCCUGGCAGAGGGACAGAUGCUUGAGAUCAAAGGCUCAGAGGUGUCUGAUACUGGACAGUAUGUUUGCAAGGCUACCAACAUUGCUGGACAAGUGGACAAAAACUUCCACUUAAAUAUCUAUGUUCCUCCCAGUAUCGAUGGUCCUGCAGAGGAGAGAGUUGUUGAAACCAUCAGUAACCCAGUUACCUUUGCAUGUGAUGCUACUGGAAUCCCUCCUCCCAGCCUCGCUUGGUUGAAGAAUGGACGACCAAUAGGGAACUCAGAGUCUCUGGAGAUGCACAUCUUCUCAGGAGGAAGCAAGCUGCAGAUUGCACGCUCACAGCUUUCUGACAGUGGCACAUUCACGUGUGUGGCCUCCAACGUGGAGGGCAAAGCACGCAAGAGCUACCACCUCUCUGUUCAAGUCCCUCCUAGUAUCUCUGGAUCAGAGCUGCCCAGUGAAACGGGAGUCUUGCUAAAUGAAAGCAUCCAGCUGGUCUGUCGAGCCAAGGGAACCCCAGCUCCAACCAUCCAGUGGUUAAAGGAUGGUGAAGUAAUUAACAGUACAAGGAACACCGGGCUCAGGAUCAGCCCGGAUCGAAGCACUCUCACUGUAACUGGAGCUCAUACCACUGACAGCGGAAAGUACACCUGUGUGGCGUCCAAUGCUGCAGGAGAGGAGGACAGGAUAUUUAAUCUGAAUGUUUACGUUCCUCCCGUGAUAGACGGCAACAGUGAGACGGUGGAGCAGUUGAGCACAGUUCUGGACAGUUCUGUCAACAUUGAGUGUGUUGCUACAGGCUCUCCGCCCCCUCAGCUCAACUGGCUUAGAAAUGGCCUCCCUCUGCCAGUGUCCUCCCACAUACGGCUUCUCUCUGCAGGACAGGUGCUCCGGAUUACACGUACCCAGGUGUCUGACAGUGGCACCUACACCUGCGUCGCUUCAAACAGAGCAGGUGUGGACAACAGGCAUUACAGCCUGCAGGUACAUGUCCCCCCUGGUUUGGACGGUGCAGGGACCACAGACGAUGUGACUGUGGUCAGGGAAAACUUGGCGUCUCUGAUGUGUAUAGCUGAUGGGACACCGACUCCCACUGUGUCCUGGCUCAAAGAAGGUGUUGUAUUAAUUCCUGACCCUCACCUCAAAUUCCUGAACCUGAAUACCACAUUGCAAAUCAUCCAAGCCCAGGUCAAUGAUACGGGGCGCUACACCUGCGUAGCCAACAAUACUGCCGGCCAAGCCAGCCGCCAUUUCAACCUGAAAGUGCUAGAUCCUCCACGCAUCAAGGGCUCUGGUGUACCAGCAGAAGUAUCUGUUGUGGUCAAUAAUGUCCUGGAGCUUCAGUGUGAGGCCUCAGGUAUCCCUGCACCCUCUUUGACCUGGCUGAAGGAUGGACGACCGCUCCCACAGACCAACAGUCUGCGUCUCCUCCGGGGAGGGGAGGUGCUCCUUGUAUCCUCAGCACAGUUGGAGGACACGGGCAGAUACAGCUGUUUAGCUAAUAGUCCAGCAGGCGAUGAUGACAAGGACUUCCUGGUUCGAGUGCAUGUUCCCCCUAACAUUGCCGGGGAGAGCUCGCCUCAGGACGUGUCAGUGCUGCAGAACAGACAGGCGACUCUGGAGUGCAAGUCAGAUGCCGUCCCACCUCCAACUUUGACCUGGCUCAAAGAUGGUCAACCAUUAAAGGCCUCUGCCCGCGUGCGAAUCCUGUCAGGUGGACGCUAUUUACAGAUCAACAUGGCCGAGCUCGGCGACAGAGCGCAGUACACCUGUGUGGCCAGUAACAUCGCUGGCAAGACAACACGGCAGUUUAACCUGGCUGUCAAUGUGGCCCCGACUAUCAAAGAAGGCUCCCAGUCAGUGUCAGUGCACGUCAACAAGCUUGCAGUGCUGGAGUGCAUUGUUAGUGGUGUGCCACCGCCACGCGUAUCCUGGAGGAAACAUGGAACAGUAUUGGCAGGAAAUAACCCCAGGUACACAUUUGUAGAGGAUGGGUCAUUACACAUCCACUCUGCCCAGGUGACCGACACUGGCCGCUACCUGUGUAUGGCAACAAAUGAGGCUGGAACACAACGCAAGAGAGUGGAUCUGCAGGUUUAUGUCCCUCCUUCCAUCGCCGAUGGCCGCACAAAUGUGACAGUUACAGUCAACGUUCAAACCACUCUGUCCUGCGAGGCCACCGGCAUCCCCAAACCUACCGUCAGCUGGAUGAAAAACAGUCGAUCCAUCAAUACGGAUCAGAACCAGAAUAUGUACAGAUUAUUAUCAUCCGGCUCCCUGGUAGUUAUAGCACCAACAGUGGAGGACACAGCAGUGUAUGAAUGUGUGGUCUCUAAUGAGGCAGGAGAGGACUCCAGAUCCAUAAACCUCACUGUGCAUGUCCCUCCAUCUAUAGCUGAUGAGCCCACAGAGCUAGUUGUAGCCAGACUGUCCCCAGUGGUUAUCUCCUGUACUGCAUCCGGUGUCCCUGAGCCUACAAUCCACUGGAGCAAAGACGGCAUGAAGCUUUCCAAAGAGGGGAAAGGCUACAACAUCCUCCCUACAGGUCCAAUUGAAAUCCCCUCAGCAGAGCUCAGUCAUGCAGGACGCUACUCGUGCACCGCCAAGAACGCUGCAGGCUCCACCCACCGCAACAUGCAGCUCACAGUGCAGGAGCUGCCAUUGAUCCAGUUUCAUCCGCCCACCCUGGAUGUGAUCCUGAAUAACCCCAUAACUCUGCCCUGCAGGGCCACGGGCUCACCCAGACCCACCAUCACCUGGCAGAAGGAGGGCAUCAAUAUACACACCACAGGUGGAAGUUUCACAGUGCUGCCCACUGGAAGUCUGCAGAUCUCUAAAGCCUCUGUGUCGGACUCGGGAACAUACAUAUGUGUGGCUCAAAACCCUGCAGGCACUGCACUGGGCAAGACAAAACUCAGAGUACAAGUUCCUCCGGUGAUCAGCUCAGAAACUCAAAAGUAUGUGACACCUGUGGACUCCUCUGUGACGCUUCAGUGUCAAGCAGACGGCUCCCCUCGCCCCUCUGUCUCAUGGCAUAAAGACGGGCAGCCGCUGAGGGAAUCUGUGCAGCAGCGGGUGCUCAGUUCAGGAUCCCUGCAGAUCACGUUCAUCCAGCCGAGUGAUACUGGACGAUACACUUGCACUGCUGCAAAUGUAGCAGGAACUGUCAGCCUAGAGAUGAGCCUCACGGUACAGGUCCCACCUUCCAUCACUGGUGGAGAAAAGGAGGUAGCAGUGGUGGAGAACAGUCAGGCUCAGCUGGUGUGUGUGGUAGAGGGAGUCCCUCAGCCUAGCCUGUCCUGGGAGAAGGACGGUACUCCUGUAGUGGAAAGCUCAGGGGAAUACACCAUCCUGCCAUCUGGAGAGCUGGUGAUAGACAGCGCUCAUCCUGAAGAUGCAGGUAUUUACACCUGUGUUGCCACUAAUGAGGUCGGACAGGACAGUCAGACGGUGACCCUGUCUGUUCAUACUCACCCUGUCUUCACUGAGCUGCUCGGAGACGUGGCCCUCAACAAGGGAGAGCGCCUCCUGCUGGCCUGUGGAGUCAGCGGCAUGCCACCGCCAAGAAUCACAUGGGCCUUUAACAACAACAUAAUCCCAGUUCACUAUGAUCACAUGAACGGCCACAGUGAGCUGGUUAUUGAGAGAGUGAGCAAAGAAGAUUCAGGCACUUACACCUGUGUGGCAGAAAACAGUGUAGGAACCAUCAAGUCGCUGGGCUUCAUCUAUGUCAAAGAGCCUCCUAUCAUUGAUGGGGACCCUCACUCCAACCGUAUUGAGCCUCUGGGUGGUAACGCCAUCCUGAACUGUGAGGUCCGGGGAGACCCCCUGCCCAUCAUCAGAUGGAGCAAAAGUGGAAUCAACAUCCAGAUCAACAACCGCAUCCGUCAGCUGGACAACGGCUCCCUCGCCAUCUAUGGCACUGUGAGUGAAGAUGCAGGCAGCUACAUGUGUGUGGCAACAAAUGAUGCUGGGGUGGUGGAAAGGAGUGUCACACUUAUCUUGCAGCGUGCACCCACCAUCAUAGUGGAGCCAGUGGAGACAGUAGUAGAUGCUGGCACCACAGUCAUGCUUAACUGUCAGGCGGAGGGUGAGCCUACACCGAUGAUGGAGUGGUCCCGUCAGGGGCGCCCACUUUUGGGCAACGACCGCUUUUCCCCCCUGUCCAACGGUUCUCUCAGGAUUAGCAGUUCCCAGAAGGAGGACACAGCUGAAUAUGAAUGUGUGGCAAGAAACUUGCUGGGAUCAGUGCUGGUCAGGGUCACUCUCACUGUACGAGUUCAUGGUGGCUAUUCAGAGUGGGCAGAGUGGGGUCCUUGCAGUGUGUCCUGUGGUGUCGGGUCCCAGAAGAGGCUGAGACAGUGUAACAAUCCUCGACCUGCCAAUGGAGGGCGUCACUGUGCAGGAUCUCACUCAGAGACACGGAGUUGUCAGGGAAAGCCCUGUCCAGUGGAUGGUAACUGGUCAGAGUGGUCUCUGUGGGAGGAGUGUUCUCGUACCUGUGGUCAGGGCAACAGAACCAGGGUUCGGACCUGCAGUAACCCUCCAGCUCAGCAUGGAGGCCGACCCUGCGAGGGGAAAGCAGUGGAGGUUAUUAUGUGCAGUGUCCGUCCUUGUCCAGUGGCAGGUAACUGGGGGUCUUGGCUGCCGUGGAGCCCAUGCAGUGAGACCUGUGGUAAAGGCAUGAAGUCCAGAAUCCGGCUGUGUAACAACCCUCCUCCUACAUUUGAUGGGCCGCGGUGUGAGGGCUCAGACACCCAAACACAAAUGUGUAAAGAAAGACAGUGUCCUGUGGAUGGGAAGUGGUCAUCCUGGGUGAGCUGGGGAGCCUGCAGUGUUUCAUGUGGAGGCGGGACCAGACAGAGGACACGCCUUUGUGCUAGCCCCGCCCCUCAGCAUGGAGGCAGACAGUGUGAAGGCAAUGAUGUACACAUUGACUUCUGUAACAGUGACCCAUGCCCCGUCAGUGGUAACUGGGGUCCUUGGAGUAGCUGGGGUAGCUGCAGUAAGACAUGUAAUGGAGGUCAGAUGAGACGCUACAGGACUUGUGACAACCCGAGACCGGCCAAUGGUGGGAGAGCUUGUGCAGGUGCAGAUUCACAGAUACAGAGAUGCAGCACAGACAUCUGUCCUGUUGAUGGUAACUGGGGUUCAUGGCAGCCGUGGGGAGAUUGCUCUGCUUCCUGCGGAGUAGGAGAAAGGUCACGAGUCCGUUUCUGUAAUAGUCCAUCUCCUAGCAACGGGGGUCGGCCGUGUCCUGGAGACUCCUCUCAGCUGUCCAGGUGUAACACUCAGGCCUGCCCAGGUGGACCCCAGAGGGCACGAGGAAGCAUCAUUGGAAAUAUCAAUGAUAUUGAGUUUGGCAUCGCCAUCCUCAAUGCCACCAUCACAGACGGCGAGUCAGGCAACAGAAUCAUCAAAGCCACUAUUAAUAAUAUACCCAGGACAUUAGGUCCUGCGAUGAGAAAGCUCAUCUCAAUCCUGAACCCUGUCUACUGGACCACUGCACAGGAAGUAGGAGAGGCGGUCAACGGCUUCACUCUGACAGGAGGCAUCUUCAGGAGAGAGACACAGGUGGAGUUUGCCACAGGUGAGAUCCUGAGGAUGACCCACAUUGCCAGAGGCCUGGACUCAGAUGGAGUGUUGCUACUGGACAUCGUAGUGAACGGACACAUCCUGCAGCUGCCCUCACACGCUGACAUAAACAUCAAGGACUACACAGAGGACUACAUCCAGACAGGCCCAGGCCAGCUGUAUGCUCAGUCCACUCGCAUGUUCAGCGUCAACAGAGAGAGUGUGCCCUACUCCUGGAACCACACCAUCUCCUACGACCUGUCCAAGGGCAAGAUGCCAUACCUGGUAGAGAUGCUGCAUGCCACAGCCAUCAGCGCUCACUACCACCCCCUGGAGGAGAUGUUGAAGUAUAGCAUACAAGCUAGCAUUGCCAAGGGAGAUCGCAGUAAUCAGUGUCCUCAGGGAUUCACUCUGGUGUCUGCUGGGCCAUACUGUGCAGAUGAGAACGAGUGUGAGGUUGGUAACCCCUGCUCUCAUGCCUGCCACAAUGCCAUGGGCACCUACUACUGCUCCUGUCCCCGAGGCCUCACCAUCUCAGCUGACGGCAGGACCUGUCAGGACAUUGACGAGUGUUCGUUAGGUGGGAACGUGUGCAGUGAUAGACAGGAAUGUGAGAACACGAUUGGCUCUUACCGAUGUGUAAUGCGCUGUGGGCGGGGCUUCAGGAGAACAGCUGAUGGUCUCAGCUGCACAGAUGUCAAUGAGUGCCAGGAGUCCAAUCCGUGCAAUCAACACUGUCUGAACACGAUUGGAAGCUACAGAUGUGCCUGUGAACCGGGCUUUCAACUCAGGAACCGGCGCUGUAUAGAUAUCAAUGAGUGCAGACAGAGAGUCUGUCGAUCAGAUCAGCAGUGCAAAAACACACGGGGUGGUUACAACUGUAUUGACCUGUGCCCCAAUGGUAUGACCAAAGGUGCUAACGGGACAUGUGUAGACAUCGAUGAAUGCAGAGAUGGCACUCAUCAGUGCCGAUACAAUCAAAUCUGUGAGAACACCAGAGGCAGCUACCACUGCACAUGUCCGCGGGGCUACAGAUCUCAGGGAGUGGGACGACCCUGUCUCGAUAUAAAUGAGUGUGAGCGGCUUCCCCAGCCCUGUGCCCACCAGUGCAUCAACACGCCCGGCAGCUUCAAGUGCAGCUGCCCGCCAGGGCGCCACCUGCUGGGCGAUGGCAAGUCAUGUGCUGGUCUGGAGCGUCUGCCCAGCUAUGAGAGUUAUUCAUAUGGCUACAGGACGUCACAGUCCUCUCCUGACAUCAGCUCCUACCAGCGACUCUACCACAACCUGGCCUCUCAAAGUUACCACUCCUACGCAGCCAACACACGGAGGCGCAACAGGGGCCAGAGCCGCAGAGAGGCCGGCGCACAUUCCUCACCACAGGGUUUCCUGGCUUGUCAGCAGGGGUUUGAGUCCAGGGGGGGCUCCUGCAUAGACAUCAACGAGUGUGAGGUGAGGGACGCCUGUCAGCACGAGUGUAUGAACACACCGGGGAGCCACAGGUGUCUCUGUCCUGCUGGGUACCGCCUCAUGACCAACGGCAAGACGUGUCAGGAUAUAGACGAGUGUUUGGAACAGAACAUCCAGUGUGGAGCUAACCGGAUGUGCUUCAACAUGAGAGGAAGUUACCAGUGUAUAGACACACCCUGUCCACCAAACUACCAGAGGGACGCAGCCACAGGAGUCAUUUAUUCCACAAAAAUGCAAACACACUUCUAUUCUUCAAUGUGGCUUUCUCCUGUUUCACAUCUUUUCCAAAUCAAUUACUGUUUUAGACGCUCUUUUCAAAAAUCUGUUUUGAGUUUAUAUAACAUAUGACUCCUUUCCUGGAUUGUGCAGGACGGAGUCAUGCACCCGAGAACCACCUUCUUGGCUGUAGACGAGGACGUCACGUUACCUUUUGCCCUGCGAGACGAGAACCUGAAGGGAGUGCUGUUCACCACGCAGGCGCUCAGAGAGCCUCAGACGUACCGCAUGAAGGUGCGAGCACUCUCCUACAGCGAAGACGGAGGCAUAGAGUACCAGACGACCUUCAUCGUCUACAUCGCAGUCUCUGCCUACCCCUACUGAGAGCACUUUAAGAGACGCAGGACAAGAAGGUGCGCUGAUGAGUUCGGACCUUUACAUGCUAGGAUAAAAGUGAGAGUGUGGUUUUGGGGAGUUGCCACACCAGUAAAGAAACUGAAAAAAAAAGAGACUUUGUGUUCAGGUGAGAGAAGACAGAGAGUGAAAACAGCCCCGAAGACAUAAGGAAAAAGAUUCAAACCAUCCAGCUCACUGAAGGUUACCUGGACGUUGGAUAAAACUGGCUAUUUAUUGGCUUCAAUCCUGGAAUCCUUACCUCAGGCUGUUAUAGGAUGCUUGACAUUUUUUUUUUUUUUCCACAUCCCAAAGAUGUAUUUAUAAGAUCAAGUUUCCUCCUCAGAGCUGAGCAUCCACCUCUGACUAAGAUAGGCUUCAACCCUAAUCAUGAAAUCUUAGCUAGCCUUUUUAUUAACAUCUACCUAUUAUUAACUUAUUGGGAAGUGCUCGAACGAGAACGAGCAGUUUCCCACCUUUGUUUAGCCUUCGAGUCGAGACAUGGUGCUUAUUCUGGCGAUAGAAAACUUGACUGUCACAUUUUAAACAUCCUCAGGUAGUAGCCUUUAAUACACAGUGUAUCCUAUCUUUACACUGAUUACAUCAUCAAUGUGCCAUACUGCUCCAUCCAAUAGUUCAUACCAAGAUGUACUUUAUUUUUAUGACUUGUAAAUAUGUUUGUUUUUCUUAUAAAGUAUUGUCAUACUGUAACUAUUGUAACCAUUUUGUAAUAAAAGUGUAAUAAAUGAA